AUGUUGAAGCUCUCUACGAACUCUGCCAAAACAUGUUCACGCCAUCGGGUCUCCCCUUCUUCUGCAGCAAUCAACAAGCUUUGUUCUGUUCUGGGCACAAUGUCUCCAGCUGAUGUUGGGCUUAAAGAGGAAAGUCUGGAGGACGAUCGAGGCCAUGGAUAUUUUUUGGACUUGACCAACUAA